CUUCUCCGUUACGGCUCUGCCGCCGACGGCCGAGCGAACCGAGGGAGUAUUCCUCGCGCGGCGCGGCGACGGCCGAUCAGUGCGUGACUCGUCGUUGCUGCGACGGUAGGCGAGGACGAGAGCGUCGCAGUUUGUCGUUCCGGCGUCCGUCGAUGCUACCCCGUUGCCUAUGAUCGCGCGACGGGUUCACUCGUGACUCGCGUGAGACAAAGGGGCAGCGAGAGCAAGAGAGAGAGAGAGAGAGAGAGAAAGAAAGAGAGAAAUAGAGAGAGAGAGAGAGAAGGAUCCUCGGGUUACCCUACGCGGACGCGAGCAUCGGCGAGUCUCCGUCGUCCCACGGAUAUACUGGAAUAAAGUGUGUCAACGGCAAGUGUGUAAAAAAGUGAAAAGCUGCGCGUGCGACAUCAAACCCCGCUUACGUUCGUACGUAGAUACAUGCCGGCGCUCGGAUAGAUGGUAUCGGGCGCGUACGCGCGCGGAGUGCACAGUGGUUAAAGGCUUAAGUUGAAUCGAACCCGCGGUCUCGCGCGCGGCGCGAGUACGCCACACUCUCCGCUUGAUUUCCCGGUCGACUCGCCCGGGGCCCGGCGCGGCGCGGCGCGGCGCGACGCGACGCGACGCGGCGCGGCGACGGCGGCACGCGGUUCGUGGCUAUGCAGCAGCAGCCCCGCGGUGCCGCGGCGAGACGCAGGUAACGCCGACGGGAGGACGCUCGACGACACGAGGCAGGGAGCGCGCGCGGAUUGCCGCUCACGUCCGCGCCUCCGCCGCCUUCCGGGGAAGCGCCCGGCGGCGUGUAAACACCGAGGGAUACGCGGACGCGUCAACAUGUGGACCACGAUGCUCGUGUGGACGGCCGCCGUCGUUCUCCUGCCGACGCCUCGAGCGGUGAACGCCUCGGGGGUGUUCGAGUUGAGGCUAAAGUCCUUCGUGAACGAGUUCGGCAAGGACAGCCUGGGCAAGUGCUGUUCCGGCAGCGCGUCCAAGACAGGCGAGUGCUCGGGGGUCUGCAAGACGAGGUUUCGGGUCUGCCUGAAGCAGUACCAGGUGAAGAUCGACACGACGUCGUCGUGCACGUAUGGUGACGUCGUGACACCCGUUCUCGGCGAGAACAGGAUUAAUUUCACCGCGAACGUCGCCCUGCCGAGCUUUACCAACCCCAUCAGGUUCCCGUUCGAGUUCACAUGGCCGGGUACAUUCUCGCUGAUAGUGGAGGCUUAUCACGACGCUGACAACAGCACACAUCAAUCGGCCGAGAAAGUACUGAUCACGCGGCUGACCACACAGAAGUGGCUGGACGUGGGGCCGGAAUGGACCGUGGACGAGUACAAGAGUGCCCAUUCGCAAAUGAAGUACGAGUACAGGGUGACUUGCACGCCGCACUAUUACGGCAAAGGUUGCGAGGACCUGUGCCGGCCGAGGGACGACAACUUCGGCCACUAUAGCUGCAGUCCGAGCGGCGAGCGCGUCUGCCUCACCGGCUGGAAAGGCGACUAUUGCAACACCCCCCGCUGCCUGCCCGGAUGCGACGAGCAGCACGGACACUGCAAUCGACCCAACGAAUGCAUAUGCCACAACGGCUGGAAAGGCCCACUGUGCAAUCAGUGCGUUCGAUAUCCGGGCUGCCUCCACGGUAGCUGCCAAAAGCCCUGGGAGUGCGCUUGCGACGAAGGCUGGGGCGGGCUGUUCUGCAACCAAGAUCUCAACUAUUGCACGAAUCAUAAGCCGUGCAUGAACGGCGGCACCUGCUUCAACACCGGCCAGGGUUCUUACACCUGCUCGUGCCCGUCAGGCUUCACCGGCACAGAGUGCCAGACGCCGCUCUUCGACUGUCACUCGAAGCCUUGCCUGAACGGUGGUACCUGCACGAUGACGGAAUCGCCCUCUGUGAGCUACGUGAGCGGCAAUGGUACCGAGUUAUCGUUGUCCUCCAGGCAGCAGCAUCGCCGUAGCUAUCGUUGCACCUGUCCACCCGGUUGGCGCGGCCGACACUGCGAGACGACGACGCGAUCCUGCCGGGACUCACCCUGCCGAUAUGGUGCCACCUGCGAGGACGACUCUCUGCGUGGCUACGUGUGCCGCUGCCCGCCCGGCUACACCGGUACCGACUGCGAAUCGCAGGUCGACGAGUGCUCGCCGAAUCCCUGCGCGAACAACGGCACCUGCGCGAACCUUGUCAACGCUUACCGCUGCACGUGCCUUGCCGGCUUCACCGGCGAGCGCUGCGAGAUCAACGUGGAUGACUGUCAGGGCGAUCCGUGCCUGAACGGCGGCACCUGCAAGGACCAGGUGAACAGCUUCCGCUGCCAAUGUAUACCGGGCUACGUCGGCAGACUCUGCCAAGACAAGGUAGACUACUGCCUGGCGAAACCGUGCGCGAACGGAGGCAGAUGCACUUCUGGGACCAACGACUAUCAUUGCACGUGCAAGCCCGGUUUCACCGGCAAGGACUGUAGCGUAGAUGUGGAUGAAUGCCGGAGCGCGCCGUGUCAGAAUGGCGGAAUAUGCCGGAACCGCGUCAACGGCUUCUUGUGCGAGUGUCCGAACGAUUGGUACGGUGACACCUGCGGCGAGAAAGCCGGCGUUGCAGUGGCACCGCCAAUCGUAUCGCCGUCCGCGCCCGCAAACGUGCCGCUGGCAGAACCGUCCUCGGGCAAGCACGUCUCCUCCAGGAAAACCAGCUUGACCACGGAACACCUGGUGAUGAUCGCGACUCUUUCCACCGCGGUACCGGCCUUCGCGCUGUUCGCCGCAGUCGCGGUCAUGUGCAUGAAGAGACGGCAGAAGCGCGAGCAAGCCAAGGCCGACGAGGAAGCCAGGCUGCAGAACGAGAGGAACGCGGUGCAUAGCAGUAUGAGCAAGCGUAGCGCCAGUACCAUCGGCGUCGGGAGCAAUGGCAUUGGCAGCGUCGGCGGCCUCCUCGGCAGCGCCGGUAACGGCCUACUCGGCACCGGCGGCGGCAGCGUCUGCGCCUUGGGCGCCGGCGACGCGCACAUGAUUAAAAACACCUGGACGGCGAGUAAAAGUGUCAACAACGUGGCAUCGGCCGCGUCGCGGCAGGACGACCUGGACUCGUCCUUCCAGACUGACGUGACGCUCGAUAGUUCGUGUUCGGGUUACAAGCCAGAGCCGGUGCUGCAGGACGGUCGGACAGCGAGGACGACGAAACAACUCAACACUGAGGCGGCGGCUCACCGUGCGUCCGCGCAUCUCUUCCAGAAGGAGAAGGACUGUCUCGGCCUAGGCCUCGGUAUCGGGGUCCUCGAGAGUGCCAAAAGGUCGUCCGUAUUUGCCACUGGCAAUGCGGCGGACAGUUGUUGCGCCGCGGAAGCCGCGCUGAUGAAGAGGCCGACGACGAUAUCGGAAGCCAAUGGUACCGGUGUCGUUAGUAGUGCUAGUAGUGGUCCACCGGGAAGCGGUGGCGGCGGUGCCACGGACAACAGCAAUUGCAGUGUGUACGUGAUAGACGAUCAUUACGUCAGGCACGACGCCACGCUGGCGGCGACACUCGCGACGGAAGUGUAGUAAACGUUUGGACAUUGGAUUCUCACUUGGAGUGAUAGAGAGAGAGAGAGUGCGUGAGAGAAAAAGAGAAAUAGAACCAGUGCGUAUGCGUGUGCGAAUCUUGUUUUCUCCGUGCGCGUAAAUUGACAGACCACCCCGUUCGAUUUCCUUCCAUUUUUCUCGAGCGACGGCGACGCCUUCGUCUCGGAUGCCUGCGAGUGUUUAUUUCUUUUUCUGUCUUUCUUUUUUUUUAAUUUUUAUUACAUCUUUUUGCCAUGUGCUUGUGCAUCAGCGAUUGGCGCCGCUAGUCACCGGCGGGACUCCGCGAUUGGAACAUCGUUUCGAGGAGUAUUGUAUUGGCCAGUUUUACCAGCCACGGAUAUACGUCGUCCCUAUUAUACUGGAACGAGAGCGAUGACGGACUAGACUGAAGACGUUCGAUCGGGGCUGAUCGAGAGGCGACAGAGACAAGGAGAAGAAUUAACGCGAUGCUGUGGGGGUCGGCCGGUUUCCUCGGGCGGCCGCCGACCCAUCCUUAGGUAUUAAUAUUAUAUCUUGCUCGAAAGUGAAACUCUGUACAGAACUAAUUUAUUAUUAUUGUUAUUUACUUAUUGUAUUGCUGAUUGCUAUUAAUUAUUAUUAAUAUUAUCACGUCGUGUCGCAUUAUCAUUGUUCUCGGUAUUAGUUCUUUUUCGAAUUUGCGUGAUCGAGCUGCCGACCGGAGCAAGAAUACGACAGCGAUAGAUCUUUCGUGUAUAUUAUCCGUGUACGUGUGUGUGUGUGUGUGUGCGUGAAAAUGAAUGGAGCAUGCAUGCAGAGUACUCGUGCGUAUGUGUGAUUGCGCGCGAGAAAAGUUAACGACGGAUUAGCAUCUUCGGAACGACGUCGUUUUUUCGUAUUCGGAAUUAAUGUUUCGUGCACGACCGUCUUUUCCCCCCCUUUUUAUUUUACAAAGCAUUCCUCUUUUCUGAGAAAAUAUCGUUGUGCGACUUCCGCUUGUUACAGUGGUAACGACGUUCCACGUGAUAAAAAGCAUGAAAAUUACUAUUCAAAAUAACACUUGAAACAAACAGUCCCUCGACUCUUUGGGAUUCUCCGUUUCAGGGAUAAUCCCGAUCGGUCGAGUGACCCAAUUCAACACCCGUUUUCCACGCCGAUUUUCAACCGGCUCAAAGAAACGUUUGGAAGGAAGGAUGGAAAGCGGCACAUGGCUCUUAACUAAAUUCCGUCCUUUUAAUCCGAAAACGUCGUCAUUCCAUCGCGAUAAUUUCAGCAAACUUGAUACGCGAAAUUAAAUUAAGUGAUGCGAGGCAUAUAGUUAGGCAGAUAGUUUUCGUAGAAAAGAAAUAAGAAAAACCUAGGGAAAGCCAAGUGCAUGUGUAAAGCUCACUGUGUGAACAUUCUUGGAUGCAUUUUCGUUGAAUUCAACUUGCAUCUGGCGGAAUACAUGAUGAGUGCGAAAAAUGUAUUUACGAAUCUGAAAAAUUCCAAAGAAAUCGCACUGCGUUGGCCUUGUCUCAGUUAAAAAAAAACAAUGAUAAAUUUUCUACGAAUCCUAUAAUCAAAAGUUAUUCAAACGACAUUUACCGUUCGACGAAAUUACUCGCGCUACGUACGACUGAAAAGACGAACGGACAGAUGUGUAAAUUAUGCAGAUGUAUAAAUAGAGAUAUAUAUAUAAAUAAAUAAAGAUAAAUCUAUAUAAAUGAACAAUGAAGUGAGAGAUAGAGAUCCGGUGUCGUCGACGACAACGUUUCGACGACGAUGCGGUUUGUUCCGAAACGAUUUGGCACCGAAAUCGGCGAGAGAGGCGAAUCGUGAAAAAGCAAAAAAGUGACCAUCGUCGCGCGAGAGAACGUCGGAUCGAAUGCCCGUCGAUUAAAUUUGAUCGUAGCGCAAUCUUCUCGUCCUGAACAAUACGAAUAUUUCGCAAAGACGUCCAAAAGAUAAUCGGGAUACUUGAAAGUUCAGCACUUCUUUGGAAUGUCUUUCAUUCUAAUGUCUCUUUCUUGGGAUAUCUUGCGAAUUGUUGCGCUGUCUUUCUUUCUAGGAUUUAUACUUCUGGAAAGCGAGGAACCGGCGUUUGAACUACGAUUGAAAUUAAGAUUUCGGCGGAUUUGGUCGUCUCACCCGCGUUUACUCGCGUCGGACGAACAAAUCCGUGUGAAGUAAUCAACUCGCAUUCUCCGCGUUCAUUCGUGUGAAAGAGAAAAUCUAGACAAAUGAAAAAACAAUUCGGUUUUCGCAAAACUUUCACCAUUUUCACCGCCACUAGCCGCACUUUUUCCGGCAGUACGCUCGCUGACUUCGUCCACGAAUGCGUGAUAGAUAAGUGACGAUUAUUGCAUGUUGAUGCUGCACGUUCGAUUAUGAUAAUUAUUUAUUUAUGACUGCUGAUGACAAUUUUACACGGCGUAAAGAAAAAUUAAAUAAAUGGCCGUUAGCGCGCCGAUGACAGUGAUGACGAUAUUAUCGCGUUGAAAACGCGCGUGCGAUGUGCGAAAAGAGAGAAAGAGUGAGAGAAAGAAUGAUCGAGUGAAAGAGAGGGAGAGAAUUGUAGCGAACAAAGAUUCGAUAAUGUUCCUGUUACGAAAUAAUGAUAAUUAAAUAAACGAAAUGCAAGUACCGACUAAGUCAGGCUUAUUUUCGAGUCUCGUUCGCGCGCGGUGGCGCAAACAGGGUGUUUUUUUUUCGCGUUUAUGUGACCGUCGUUCGUGAUCGGUAACGAUUUUUUUUAGACAACGGCGACCGUAUCUACGACAUCCGCGGCUCGAUCGAAGAUCGCGAUGAAAAUCCGAUCCCCGGCUUCCAUCUCCCAAUCCUUUCCUCCAUCCCCGUCGACCCCCCCCCCCCCCCGACGACGGCCGCCGUCGCGCGCGUACAGACUCCAAAUUAACGAGAAACACGUGCGUGUAAAUGCGAGAUUGUAUUGUACGAAUUACGAUGUGUAAUAAAGCUGUUGUCAUUUUUUGUACUUACACUCCUUCCGACGAUUUGAUGACGUUUCGCUAUCGUUGAACAGUCUCCAUCACACUCCCAUCCUCUCGUCCCACUCCCGUUUAGAUUUUUUCAACGUUUCGAACUUUUUAGACUUUCGGAUUAGAAUUACUUUGUUUUUGUACCAGCGACGCGUAUUCGUGAGAAAAAGGAAAAUAUUGUUUCCCCGCUGAGAUAGUGGCCUGCGUUCGCGACGAGGCAUCGACGAAGAUUGUAAAGACUAUCCUAGGCGUACCGUAUCCCGUUUUUGUAUAAAACAGAAAGAAGAUAAUAUGCACACAGCGUAUACAUACACUGACAUACACGCAGCACAUCUGUAUAUUUGUAGUAGGACUAUACAAUUGCGAUUAUUAUUAAUUAUUAAUAUUAUUAUUAUAUGAACCGUGUAAAUAGAUGAAUUGUCAAUAUAACGAUGUCACGCAAACGACAGUGGACGAUUAAUAAUGAUACAUUAAAAAA